CUUCAAUUUGGCUGAGAGUGAAACCUCAUGCUGAAGUAGUCCCUGAUACACAUUGCACCGCACCACACGUUACAAUCCUAUAUUAUUAUUACUGUAUUUUUUAACGCAUGAUGGUUUUCGUUUUUUACUAAUGCAAUACAGAACGUUGGACUAUGUGGACUUUAAAAUUAGGUUUAGAUUUAUGGGAAGGAGAAAAUGGGUGCUUAUCGUGUGUCUGUGAAGACAGGAGGUUCCAUCACCAUCCCAUGUCGCUAUGAUCUGAAAUACAAACCACAUGUGAAAUACUUGUGUAAAGUAGGUCACUGGCAAAUAUGCUCCCCUGACCCUUUCAAGAGCACAGAUAAGGCCUCAAUCUCUGAUGACAUCAACAAGCAAACAAUCACUGUGACCAUGACUGAUCUGGAGCCAGUGGACUCUGGACGUUACGGGUGUUUUGUGAUCAGUGGUGGAUCAGAUGUCAUGAUAGAAAGAUUCCAACUAUCUGUCACUGCAGGUACUCCAGAACUCUAUGUGGACCAACAGGAGGUGACUGGAGUUGAAGGAGGGAGUGUCAUUAUAAAUUGUUACUAUAGGAACACUGGACAUAGGACGUGGUGGUGCAGGAUUGGUGGCAGUGGCUCCUGUGUGGAGAGGAAUUCUGGGACUACAGAGGGAAAAUCAGUGACCCUACAGCAGACCACUGAUGCCACCAGAGGAAACAUCUUAAUGGUGACUAUGAGUGGACUGAAGAUGGAGAACACUGGCUGGUACAGGUGUAGAGUGGGAGACCUUAUGAUGCCUGUUCACAUCACUGUCAGACAACAAACCACCACACAAAGUACCAGCACUAUGACCACAACUCAAGCUCCAACCACUGAACAAUCCUCUUUCUCUCCAGCUGCUGAGCCUGUUCAGACUGACAACACAGUUCAAGGACCUGAGGGGGGCAAGGAGAAGGACACCAUGAGAUUGUAAAGGCUGUCAUUGUUGUUCUCCCCCUUAGACGAGGAGGAGCAUGGAUAGGACCAAGAUGCGGAUUGAGGGAAAUAAGCCAUCUUUUAAUGAACAAACAGCAAACAAGACACUACAAACUACAAAACAACAAAACGUGACUAACCUUCAACUGUCCUGUGAGGACACAGGAACAAACACCCACAAAACACCAGUGAAACCCUGGCUGCCUUUGUAUGACUCUCAAUUAGAGACAAACAAUACACACCUGUCUCUAAUUGAGAAUCAUACCAGGCCGAACACAAAACCCCACAUAGAAAUACA